AUGAGUGUUUAUGAUGAAGUUGAAAUCGAGGAUAUGGAUUUUGAUUCAACUACAAAGAUAUUUUAUUAUCCUUGUCCUUGUGGAGAUAGGUUUUAAAUUACUUUAGUAUGAAAUAUAUAUUUAUUAGGAAUAAAUUAAAAAUAGAUUUGAUAUCGCAUAAUGUCCAAGUUGUUCAUUGUAAAUUAGAGUGAUUUUUGACGAAAAUAGUUUUGAAUUAUAUUCAAAAUAGCAAUGA